GCACGGUUGGAGAACGGGAGAAAUGGAUCCCCUCCUGCCCGCGCAGGCGCCGUCGUCGCCGCCACCACCUUGGCGCCUGUGCUGUGUGCCGCCUCCGCUCCCGCUCCCUUCCCAUUCGAGGCUGUUGAGGACUGUUAAUUUUCGAAAGACGCGCGCGACUCUGCGGGGUGUGGCGGGGGAGGGGGAGGGGGAGGGGACAAUUAUCUCGGGUGGUUAAAAGUGUUCCCGACUACGGAAAGCUCCGUCUCGUCCUGCGCUCCUCCCCAGCCCCAGGUUAGGGAGGGAUCGGAGGCGGAGCGGGGGGCGGAUUCUGGGGCGUGGCGUGGUAUCCCUGGAGAGCGGAGUGUUUCCCAGUGUCCAGUUUCCAGCUCCCUUCGCUGGAAAGAAGAAGGCCCCUGUGGAUCAGCCCUGGACAUCAGUUCCAAGUGUUCAGAUGGAAUGAACUCUCCCCUUGCCUAUUUUUAAAUUGAUGAACAAAAACUGACAACCCCCUACUUAACACUAAGGGCAUUCCCAAGUCUCUUGGGUGACAACUUCAGAAACUUUUGAAUGCUUUGAUAAGAGUUUACUCCCUCAGAUCAUGAGAGGGGAUCCCACAGACACUGCCCCUCCCAAUGAUAGGUAAUUUGGAAGGGGUAAUUCAGGGGUCCCCAAGAGGCGUUGAGCAAAGGAUUAUGUGGCUGCACAAUGGAAGAUGUCAGCAUGAUGAGCAGCGAUCUGGGGGCCGGGAUUCUGCACUGGGUAUACUUCUGCCUGGUGUAGUGGUGGCGGUGAUGGGCCUGUGCAAGGUGUGACAGGCCCAUCCCAGCCAGCGCUGCAGCCUGCGCUUAUCACAGACAGCGCUCUACAGAUUUGUUAGUUUUUUAUAGUCCGGCCUUCCAGUGGUCCGAGGGACAGUGAACUGGCCCCUGUGUAAAAAGUUUGGGGACCCCUGGUGUAAUUGGAAGGGACAGGAAGUGACGUGGACAAAGGACUAUAAAAACAGCCUGAACUUCCUGUCCAAGGGGUCUUCCAGCUGAAUCUGGGGCUUGGAGCUACCACUUGGGACUUCAACCUGGGACUCUGGCUCUUGGACUGCUUCUGGUAAGCCUGUUCCUGCAUCUUCUCCUUUGGAGCUUCGCUUGGGAAAUGCAUAAUUUUGAGGAGGAACUAACAUGCUCCAUUUGUUAUAGCAUAUUUGAGGAUCCUCGAGUCCUGCCAUGCUCCCAUACGUUUUGCAGAAAUUGUCUGGAAAAUGUUCUUCAGGCAUCAGGGAACUUCUAUGUGCGGAGAGCCCUGAGAAUUCCACUGACAUGUCCUAAUUGCAGGCGUACAGUUGAAAUCCCUUCCCCUGGCAUUGAAUCUUUGCCCAUCAACUUUGCCCUGAGGGCUAUUAUUGAAAAAUACGAGCAGGAAGAACACUCAGAUGUCAUCACGUGCCCUGAGCACUCCAGCCAGCCGCUCAACAUCUAUUGCCUGCAGGACCGCCAGCCAGUGUGUGGCCACUGCCUUACCGUUGGCCAGCACCAAGGACACCCCAUCGAAGACCUUCAUAGUGCCUACAUGAAAGAAAAGGAGGAGCCCCCCAAACUCUUUGAGCAGUUGAUCGACACUGACAGUCACUGGGAAGAUUUCUGGUUGCUCGCUGAAAAGUUAGAGGAGCAGAAAUCCCAUGUGGAGCAAGUUGUCCAAAGUGAUAAAGAAACCGUCCUCCACUAUUUUAAGGAGCUUAAUGAUAUCUUGGACCUGAAGAAAAAUGCUUUACUAUCUGCCUUGGAUGAUGUUGGGAAGGCAAUUGAUGAAGAAUUCACUCCACACAUUGAAAGGAUAACAGAAAUAAGAGUAGAGAAGAUUGAAUUAAAGUCAUUGACUGCCUUUUUGUUAGAUGAGGAGUCGCCACUUAAGUUCCUCAAAAAAAUCCAUAGCAUUCGUCAGCGGGUGCAGGCACUGAGACAAAGAAAGCUGCCCAGUGUCCAGCCUCUUGAGAUUUGUCCCCGCAUCAGCCCCAUCCUGCAGGAAGAGUGGGCCAGAACUGAAAUCAGUCAAAUAAAAAAGCUUGAGGUGCCAGAAAUAAAGCUCUCCGUCCAAAGGACACAAUGCAUCCCCGCUGAGGAGGAGAAGAAGAAGGAGGAGGAGAAAGCGGACUUUACAAAGAUUUUCAGCACUUUAAUACUGACAGUUAUUUCAGGGAUGUGGAUGUUAACAUUUUUGUUUUACAAAGACAUGCUGCCUAUUUUACACGAUGUGCGUUCAAGAUUUUUCUUUGAAGAUUCUCAACCUCCAGAUCAUUCUUUUUUCAACAAUAUGCAUACAGUUAAGGAAACCAUGUGCCUCACUUACCAUGCACUGAAGAGAUUCCUAUGGGACACAAUUUCAGAUCUGAAUUUAACUCUGCCUUCCUCUCUCUAAACAGUUCUUAAUUAGAUCUAAGAAGCAAGGGGUGAACCCAUGCUGGGGCUACCCAAAAUGGCGGAAGGCUUGACGUGCCAUGUUUCAGUAGGGCUGAUGGGCCCAAAAGCAAAUACCAAGGAAAAGCAGAAUGCUUGGAUUGUUGGAAAUUCAGUUAAUCGAAGUUGACUAGUUUUCUAAAAAUUAUUUUGAAUUGAGAAAUUUACUUUUCCCUUUUGGCCAAUAAAUGUUGAUUGUCUAAUAAGA